AUGUGUAUUUUUGAUUGCGGGAAAAGGCUAAUAUGUGUCUCUGAUUUCCAGGCUUGCCCACGAGGGCAGAGGUCUGAUCCCAGCAGCAUAUGCCGGCAAUGUAUAGGAUCUCCGGAGCUUUAUGAUUGGCUGUAUCUGGGCUUCAUGGCAAUGUUACCAUUGAUACUACACUGGUUUUUUUUAUUGAGUGGUACUCUGGGAAAAAGAGUUCUAGUGCAUUUUUCCAACACAUCACAGCCUUGUUUGAAUGCACGGUAGCUGCCGUAAUAGCAUUACUGGUUAGUGAAACCAGUUGGAUACCUGCACAUUCGCUCCUGUGGGGUGGGGAAGCUUUCUGAUUGGUACACAAUGCUGUAUAAUCCUAGUCCAGACUAUGUCAACACUGUGCACUGUACGCAAGAAGCAGUUUACCCUCUGUACACAAUUGUUUUUAUUUAUUAUGCGUUUUGCUUGGUGUUAAUGAUGCUGCUUAGACCUCUGCUAAUAAAGAAGAUCGCCUGUGGGCUGGGGAAGUCAGAUCGAUUUAAAAGUAUCUACGCGGCACUGUAUUUCUUCCCAAUCCUAACAGUGAUCCAGGCAGUGGGAGGUGGAUUACUAUAUUAUGCCUUUCCAUAUAUUAUUCUGGUAUUGUCAUUAAUAACCCUGGCAGUUUACAUGUCUGCUUCAGAGAUAGAGUCUUUUAAGCAUCUUCUGAUAAAGAAGAAAAGACUGAUUGUCCUCUUCAGCCAUUGGCUAGUGCAUGCGUAUGGAAUCAUCUCUAUUUCCAGAAUGGAUAAGUUGGAAUGGGACUUGCCUCUUCUCGCACUGGUUCCGGGGCCUACCCUCUUCUACUUGCUGACCGCCAAAUUUACAGACCCAGCACGGAUACGUCUGGAGGAAGGAAGUGCUCAUUAA